AUGCUUAGUGUAAUUGAGGAGACAUUUGAGCUUAUGGACAUCAUGAGGUACAUUGCACCGAUCCCUGCUCCCCUGGAAACUUCCGAGAGCAUUCUUAAAGUGCUGCAGGAAUACACCCCAACGCAUCUCUUCGAUGUGUAUCUCCUUGCAUCCGGCAUUCCCAUUCGGGGGCUAUUGCAUCCUGGGAUGUAUCCCCGAAUACUUAAGGGAUGGUUAAAGAUAGGAAGCAUCGUUAGGGUUAUGGGAAUAGAAGGAGACAUGAUCAUGGGGCUAGAAAGCACAGGAGAGUACUCAAAUAAAGAUCUGACAAAGAUAAAGAAAGAGAUAUACAUAACCCUGCCUAACCCGAUAUACAAUCCAAAUGGGUACUACAUGCCGCUUCUUUCAGAUGAAGGAUAUAUGAAAUGGGACAGGCGAUGGAAAAGGUAUCUAGAAAGAUACUCCACAGAAAAAGAGGACAAAGAAAUUCUUCUGGUAAAUAGUAAAAAAGACGCAAGCACACUUUCAGCGGAGGACACAAAAAGCACUCUUUCCGGAAAGACAAAAACACCUCACUUGGUUGUGUGCGAUGAAGGGGAAGAAGGGGAAAGAACUUUUGCACCUAAAGCAAAAGUUAAUAGAGUUGGGUACAAGAAUGCACAACAUAAUACAAUUAGUGGCAGGGUGAUACUAAAGAGUAAGCUGUUUACAUUUUCAUCUGGUGGGUCUUUUCCGCUCUUCUUUUCAUUUAUUAUACUGACUGUUGCUGGACUUGUUAAAGUAUACGUGUGGAAAUUAGCAGUAAGAAAGUUUUUCUGCGUCAAGGAGGGUGAUUAUGUUGUGAUUCGUGGGUUUAAGAUAAAAAGAAGGCCGGGUGCACUUUUAGUGGCAGAUAGAACAAAUACAGACUCUGACACCAAAUAUGCAUGUAUACCAGAAAUUAGUGUCAACCUAACAGGGCCCACAGGAUACAUUAUGGAAAUAGAUUCGCUUCCGGACCUGCCAGAUGUUUCAGAAGAUCCUGAGUUCACUACAGUUGUUGGAAGGGUAGAGUACAUAAGCUCUAUUCUUAGAUAUAGAGAGUGUAAGAGUCGGUUAAAGUUUAGAGAUUACGUAUAUUUAAAGAUAUCUGGGAUUGUUGUAAUGCUUUUGGCAAAUGGUGCAGACAAUUUACUGGAUAUACAAAUAGGAAAAAUAGUUGAAAUACGCCAUCUAAGGAAAGGAGAGAUAGGAUCAUUUGAAUUCUACAUAUCUUCAUUGUACACACAGUUCUGUCUAGAUAGGUCUAGUGCUCCACUUUUUGACAAAUAUGUUAUAACAGGCGAGCCAUCCUCAGUUGUAGAGGAAAAUGCAGUGGGAUACAUUCCAGUACGCUUCAGCGCGUAUGCUGACCAUGUCUCUGCUGCAAAUGGCGGUAUUGGGGUUCUCUGUAUUAACAAUAAGCCAAUUCCAAGAGAGUCUCCGGACUCAGCAUACAUUAAAAAAGACCGUAUGUUUUUUGGUGAGCUAAAGAAACUUGCCUGUGCCAAAGAAGAGAUUCAGUCUUUGUGCAUGGAUGAGCAGAAAAGAUUCAUUAUUUGUGGAAAACUCUCUGCUUUUAAGUAUCAAUCGCAGGGCGACAAAACAAUUGGAGAUACAUCGGUGGAUAUAUCUUAUAUUGCAACCGAAACAGGCUUAGAGUAUGAGGGGGAAAGUGAGGCUGACAGGUCUAUUGAUAUACAGGAGAGCAUGCUCAGCACUAAGAUUGAAGAAAACAUUGUAAUUAGAAUAUGCGAUGACUCGGACUCUAUCGACAUACAGCUAUUCCAGAACCAUCUGGUGCAUGAGACAUUUGAGGAAAGCGUACUGGACUUUCUUAAGAUAGAAAAUGUAUCAGGGUCUAUCUAUGAUGAACUGAGUAAAUUGGUGGGCAAUCUUUAUUAUGUUGUGUUUGAUGCAAUUCGGGUUGAGGAAGAGGUUGUUUUGCAUGUGGGUGUCUCACUGUUGCGGUAA